UAUAUAAUAGAAAUUAACGUAAUAUUAUAAAUCAACUAUACAUCCAAAAAAAAAAAAAGAAAAGGAUGUUACAGCCUGGUUUUCAAAUUCUGGGGCUGCGUGGGACCUAGGGAUCAAUUUUGAGGCUACCUGAAACGUGGGAUUUAUGCAGGAGUCCUGUACUGAAAGCCGUCUGGAUUAUUAAAGAAGUCUUUUCCAAAGGGAAAUUUGUGUGACCUGGACUUCCCUGUACAGUCUGAGAGGUAUAUUUUAUAGUGGAAAGAGCAGUGAAUGAGAGAUCAAAAACUCUGUUUUGUACCACCGCUUAUCCGCUGUGUUUUUAGGUCACUGUCAGCUUUUUAUAUUUGUGGCACAUUUAAAAUAUAUACAUAGAUUUGUGGCAAAUUUUUAAAAUGACGCUUUGGUGAUGUAAUUGAAGAGACUAAAAUCUCAGAACAGCAUUAAACAAGUCAGUAGCAGUUCAGUACAGUUAGAAUUAGAGCAUCACAUGGUCCUGGUGAAAAACAUCUUUGUCCUGUAAAAAACAUCUUUGGUUGGUAUAACACUUAAGUCGUCACUCUUUCAGUGCUGUUUUGUUGUUGGAGCUCUUAACUGCCAGACUGAGCUCUCUCACAUGAUCAUGAUGCAACAGUAUUUGUGGUUUCAUUAAAUAUGCUGUUUCUUUGGCACUAGCUCUGUUCUGUGUUAUUCCUUUUGCCUUUUAUUCAUAGCAGUUCUCUACUUGAAUUUGUACUUUCAUCUGUAAAGAGGAGUAGUUAGAACUGUCUUACCUUCCUCAGGACUGUUGUGGGGAUUAGUGAGCUACAAAAGAGGCAAACAUUUUAUAAAAAAAUGCAAAAAUUUUUUAAAGUUAUGAAGGGCUAUAUAACUGUAAGCAGUUUCUGUUAGAUUUUUGUCUGCCCACUUAUCUCUUUGCCUUAUUAGUUAGUAAGAUUAUUGGAACUAGGCACUGGCUAUUCUUCCUUUACUUUGUUCCCAGUGUAUAACUCAAUGUGUGGUAUAUUAAAGAUAAUAAAUGUUCAUUAAAUUGAAAUUUAAAAUUAUUUUUAUUCUUAAUGUUGGAUUGGUUUGCUGCACAAUCAGCAACAUCCUUUGUGCAAAGUGGUAUUGAUAAUGCAGAGACCCAGCUGUCCGCUGGUAGAUCUCAUCCUGUGUACAGGACCAAGGUGAGUGCUGGGCGCUUCUGGUGGGUUUGGAUCAGGAGCAGGGAAAAAAGGCAACCAGAUUUAGGUUUCCUCUUUUGAGAGGAAACCUAUGCAUUCUUCCUAAAUGUAGUCAGCUGGAUUAUUGCAUGGCUGCUGUGUGCAAGUAGAAUGCAGCAUUUUGUUUAGUCUGGUUCGAGAUGUUCUAAGUGGUUUUUAUUAUGAUAGUAUGUCUAUUGGAGGUUCUUCCACAGCCUUAUAGAUUUCAUUUUCUUUAAUUGGGAUGGGGAGGGAGAGAGAGAACAGCAUUUACUUGGCAUUCUUGCCUUUUAGAACUGUGGGUUAUUGAUUCAGGGGCCUAGAAUGGUAAUGCUUGGAAGUAAAGUUUCCCUUGGGAGCACCAGUGUUAAAGGGCAAAGGGAAAAUGAUUAGAAUUUAAAUCUCCAGACUCCACUGAAUUUGUGGCUUCAUUAAAAAAGGGGGGGAGGAGGAAAUGAUCUGGGCGGCCACAGUAGACUUUGUUUAACACUUGCAUCCACAAACUGAUAACUCGGAGUUAGCAGUCCUACAAGUUGAGCUCUGUGGCUGAGUGAGAACAGCCAGACAGUGGACUGCUUUCACUGUUGGCUGGACCUCAACUUGGGCCAUGUUCAGUUAGGGACAAUCAAUACUAGCAAAAUCUCUAUUAUUUUCUAAGAGGUAAUGUAACUUUGGCUUUCUUUGAACUAGUAAAAUCUCUUCUGCCUGUUUGUGGAACAUGUAACCACCAAAUUACAUACAUACUUUUUCUUUGAUAUGUCACUCUUUAUAAAUUCUACUUCCCCAAAGUCAAGUUUUCCUUUUAGACUCUUUAUCUGAUAGGUAGUUAUUGCUACUAUAAAUAGUACUUUCUCUAGCUUGUCUGUUAGCAGAAGAGAGCAAUGAGGAAUAAUACUAGACUGUAAUGACAAAUAGUUUCUACCACCAAAAACUGUGUGACCUUGGACAGAUCACUUAACCUCUUUGAAUGUCAGUUUCUUUGUGUUUAAAGUGAAAGACUUGGACUAGUGACUUCUGGGUUUUUUUAGCUUGAAAAUUUUAUCAUUCUAUGAGAUAAUGCAGUCUAGUUAAUCUUUCAGCUUUCAGGUAAUCAAGAAAUUAUUUUCUUUUGAAAUGUAAUUUCCUUUUAGAGAGGCCCUGUAUUUGCAGCCAAUUAAGCCGACUGUGCUCUUUUCCCCAUGGGGGCCCAGUGUGCAGUGGCUGCAAACAGCAGCCUCCUUGGUAGUGUAUGCAACCUGUUGCCUGUACAGGUAGCCCUAAGGGACCUUGGAGACAACUCUUCCUAGUGGGCAUUCAUGACUGGCCUGCUGUUUCUCAAUCCAGACUCCAGACAGGUAUGCGCGGUGCCUUUGGAAAGCCCCAGGGCACAGUGGCCAGGGUCCACAUUGGCCAGGUCAUAAUGUCCAUCUGCACCAAGCUGCAGAACAAGGAGCAUGUGAUUGAAGCCCUCCGCCGGGCCAAAUUCAAGUUCCCUGGCCAUCAGAAGAUCCACAUCUCCAAGAAGUGGGGAUUUACCAAAUUCAAUGCGGAUGAAUUUGAGAACAUGGUGGCAGAAAAGCGACUCAUCCUGGACGGCUGUGGGGUCAAGUACAUCCCUAAUCGUGGUCCCUUGGACAAAUGGCGGGCCCUGCACUCAUGAGCAUCAGCUCUGUUCCCUCCUUAAUCACGCUCACCAAUAAAUGCUAUUUCCUGUCAAAAAAAAAAAAAAAAA